UAAUGUCAUGAAAUUGUGCUUAUAAUUUCUGAACGUGUUAUUUUACAUUUUGACAUUUAAAGUUAAUCUACUUGGAAUUUAUUUUUGCAUGUGGAGUAUGUAGGAAUACAUUCAUUGUUCCAGUUAGAUAAUUAGUUGACUCUACCCCACAUAUUAAAGUGCCUGAAGUUUCUGGCAGUGCCCUGUAGUGUGCUUCCUCUGUGAUUAGACAAUUCUUCAUAUAAGUUGGUGAGCCUGUUCCAGGGCUAUGUAUUUUUUUCCAAUGGAUCUAUUUGUGUAUUCCUAUACUGAUCCUCCACCACUCAUAUGAGGGUUUGUCGUACGGUGGUGGCUUGCAUGUUGCUGUGAUGCUGGAAGCUAUUCCACUGAUAUUUCAAAUGCCAGGAGUGUCACCCAUGGGGGACAGGUUUCGGGGAGCUUCCAGACUAAGACAGACUAGAAGAAGGAACUGGUAAUAUACUUUUGAAAAAAUCUGGCCAGUGAAAACCUUAUAGAACAUUGUAUAAUAUACUGCCAGAAAAUGAGCCCCUCAGAUUGGAGAGCACUCAAAACAUGACUUGAGAAGAGCUGACUCCUCAAAGUAGAGUCGACCUUAAUGGGGACACUAAUUUGCUGAUGUGUCAAAACCCAAAAUGAAAAGAAACAGCUACAGGCAGCCAUUAAUAAUUAGAAUGUGCAAUGUAUGAAGUAUGAAUCUAGGAAAAUUGGAAGUCAUCAAAAAUGAAAUGCAUAAAGAUCGAUAUCAUAUGUGUUAGUGAGCGGAAAUGGACCAGUAUUGGUAUUUUUAAGUCAGACAAUCACGUGGUCUGCCAUGCUGAGAAUGACAAAAUGAAGAAUAACGUCACAUUUUUCAUCAAAAAGAACAUUUCAAGAUCUAUCCUGAAAUACAACACUGUCAGUGAUAGAAUAAUAUCCAUACACCUAAAAGGAAGAGCAGUUAAUAUUACUAUUACUCCAAUUUACGCAGCUAAUUAACACUAAGGUAUUACUCACAUUUACACAUCAACCACUAAUGCCAAAGGUGAAGAAAUUGAAGUUUUUUUUUUACCAACUUCUGCAGUCAGAAAUUGAUAAAGUGUGCAAUCAGGAUUUACUGGUAUUUACAGAUGAUUGGAAUGCGAAAGUUGGAAAUAAGAAAGGUCAGUAGUUGGAAAAUAUGGCCUUGGUGAUAGAAACGAUGCAAGAGAUCACAUGAUAGAAUUUUGUAAGACCAACAACUUAUUCAUUCAAAAAACCUUUCAGCAACUUAAACUGUGACUAUACAAGUGGACCUUGCCGGAUGGAAUAUACAGGAAUCAAAUUGAUGACAUCUGUGGAAACAAGCAAUAGAGAAGCUCCCUGUUAUCAGACAGAUCAUGGCCAGGGGCUUACUGCAGAACAAGCUGUGCAGUGCUCAUAUUCAAGUUCAAGUUGAAGCUGACAAAAAUUAAAUUUAGGAGAGCUUAAUGACGACCUUGAGUAUCCACCACCACCAACUACCCACUGCUGUCAAGCCGAUUCCGACUCAUAGCAACCCUAUAGGACAGAAUAGAACUGCUCUGUAGAGUUUCCAAGGAGCGCCUGGCGGAUUUGAACUGCCAACCUCUUGGUUAACAGCCAUAGCACUUAACCAUUACGCCACCAGGAUUUCCACCUUGAGUAUAGCCCACCUGAAUUUGGAGACCCUGUCAAGAAUAGAUCUGAUGCACUGAACACUAAUGACCGAAGACCAGACAAGUUGUGGAGUGACAUCAAGGACAGUCACACCUGAAGAAAGCAAGAGGUCAUUAAAAAGACAGGAAAGAAAGAAAAGACCAAAACGGAAGUGAGAAGAGACUCUGAAACUUGCUCUUGAACAUCGAAUUGCUAAAGCAAGUGGUAAAAACGAUGAAGUAAAAACUGAACAGAAGUUUUUAAAGGGCUGCUCGAGAAGACAAAGUAUUAUAAUGAAAUAUGCGAAGACCAGCAGUUAGAAAACCAUACUCGGUAUUCCUCAAGCUGAAAUAACUGAAGAAAAAGCCUCAAGUUGCAAUAUUGAAGGUCUCUAUGGGCAAAAAAUUGAAUCAUGCGGGAAGCAUCAAAAGAUGAAGGAAGAGAUACAUAGAGUCACUGUACCAAGAAGAAUUGGUCGGUGUUCAGUCAUUUCAGAAGGGAGCAUAUGAUCAAGAAGCAAUGGUACUGAGUGAAGGAGUCCAAGGUACGGUGAAUGUACUGGUGAAAAACAAGGCUACAGAAAUUCAAGGAAUACCCAUUGAGAUGUUUCAAAAAAUGGAUGUAAACCUGGAAGUGUUCACUCUUCUGUGCCAAGAAAUUUAGAAGUCCACUACCUGGUCAGUUCCUCCACUUGUCUGUCAGUUCGUCGUACUGUGGGGGCUUGCGUGUUGCUGUGACGCUGGAAACUAUGCCAUCGGUAUUCAGAUACCAGAAGGGUCACCCAUGGUGGAGAGAUUUCAGCUGAGCUUCCAGACUAAGACUAGGAAGAAGGACUUGGCAGUCUACUUCUGAAAAGAUUUAGCCAGCAGAAACCUUUUAUCAGUGGAACAUCUUCUUAUGUAGUGCUGGAGGAUGAGCCCCUCAGGUUGGAAGGCACUCAAAAGACGACUGGGAAAGAGCUGCCCCCUCAAAGGAAGGUCGACCUUAAUGAUGUGGUUGGAGUCAAACUUUCAGGACUUUCAUUUGUUAACGUGGCACUACUCAAAAUGAGAAGAAACUGUUGCAAACAUCCGUUAAUAAUGAUGUCAUCUUGAAAACUGGUGCACCUGACCCAAGCCAUGGUGUUUUCUGUCGCCUCAUAUGCACGUGAAAGCUGGACAGUGAAUAAGGAAGACUGAAGAAGAACUGACACCUUUGAAUUGUGUGGGCGAAGAAUAUUGAAUAUAGCAUGGAGUGCCAAAAGAACUAACAAAUCUGUCUUGGAAAAAGUACAGCCAAGUGCUCCUCAUAAGCAAGGAUGGCGAGACUGCGUCUCACAUACUUUGAACAUGUUAUCAGGAGGGAUCGGUCCCUGGAGAAGGACAUGCUUGGUAAGUAGAGGGUCAGCGAAAAAGAGGAAGACCUUCCAUGAGAUGGAUUGAGACAGUGGCUGCAGCGAUGGGCUCAGGCAUAACAACAAUUGUGAGGAUGGCACAGGACUGGGCAGUUAUUUCAUUCUGUUUUGCGUAGGGUCACCAAGAGUUGGAACCAACUCAACAGCACCAAACAGCAACAACAACACUUUUCUUUGUUUAUCCAUUCAUCUGUCAGUGGACAUUUAGACUGUUUCCACCUUUAGGCUCUUGUGGAUAAAAAGAGACUGGUUAAUCGGCCUUCACUGUGAUGUUUUAUGUUUAUGUGGCUAGACGUGGGGUGGGCUAAGUUUCUUGUAUCCAUAGGCGUGAGAGGCUAAAAUUUUCUGGUUGGUUUGUUUGUUUCUCUCCCUUCUUAUCUUUGGACUUCGCUAGGGAUGUCUUCUUAAAUUAGAUCUUAAACAUUUAAAAAAAAAAAAAUUAAUCCCCCUUUAUUAUACAGGAUCCCUGUUGAUACGAUGGUAUACUCGUGGGGUGGGGAGGAAGCAGUCUAUAGUCCUAGGAUUGGAUUUCAGCCUGUUGGUGAGCCCGAUCUCCUCAAAUGGCACCUUCACAAGUGGCUCGUAGCUCUCCUCCUCUACCCUUAGAUGAGACAGAAAUCCUAGAUGGAAUUGCUAUUGGGUCUCUCCCUUCCCCCAGAUCCUUAAAACCCCAGUUAGUUAAAGAUCUGGUCACGUAUUUUUCUUUGAGCGCAAACCUUUUUAAGGAGAACAGGAAGCUUUGUGUUACUUUUCCCUCCUCCUGCUGGGAACGUGAGGGGAAUUUUCUCCCAUCAUCACGAUGAGAAUCUGGUAGGGCUCCUGGAGCUAAAACUCAGGAAAGUGUGUGGGAUGGAGGGGAGACGCCGUAUGAGUGUGUGUUCUGAUAUUUGACUCUCAAGCAGACCUAGAGUGAGUCUUGUGCUAUCAGUCAAUUCAGUUUAAGUUUUUCUACCCCAGGACUGGCUUCAGCAGCAAGUUCUCCAAGGCUUUUGCUUCCAUAAAAGGUCAUUCUCUAUAUUUGCCUGACUGUGUGUCCAAUUUGGGGGAAAGCAUUUUGCCUAUGACUUCAGUUCUCUGAUGGAUCUGAGAAGAAUUGUUGAUUUUCAGUUUGUUCAGCCUUUUUCAUGUAGUGAAGGUAGGAAUAAUGACUUCCAAGUCCAUGCUGGAUUACAUGUAAUGUAUUUAUUUUUGCUGUCAGUGUGUCUUUUUUUUGUUUCCUUUUAUGUUCUUCGUUUAUGCUGCUUUUAGUUUUCCAGUGUCCCAAUUUAUCUUCCGCCUAUUGCUAAUCAGCUUCUCUUUUCUGGAGUGAGCAGUGUUUCUGCCUUCUGCUAGGCCUGUACAUUGGGACUUGAAGUUGAUGAGCAUCUGAAGUGUAUGUUUUUGAUUUACUGUCCACACCAGUAGUAUUUAUGAUCUAUAAGCAUUUGGAUAUUUCUGAUUUCUUCACAUCUCUGUCACCUGUGCCCUCAAGAGAUAGGCUGUGUGUAAACUUUACCUAAAUCAACUUUAUUAAAUGAAGCAACCAGAGGUAAGGACUGUAAGGCAAGCAGUAUACCUGACACACAGGACUUUGCUGGGAAGAUCUCAAUGUCUGAAUUGAGUAGGAUGUUUCCUUGGUCUCCUUGCCAUAGUGCCCCGUCAGGCUCUAGAUCAUUCAUGUUGUUAUUCUAGAGUAACAACCAGAAUAACAGCAAAAGUGUGUGUAUAGGAACAGAAAUGGACUUCUAAGGAAUUUGGGCUUCAAACACAAAUGGACCUGCAUUCCAACCCUGGGUCAUCUACAUUCUAAUUGGGCAGCAUUGAGCAUACGAUUAAUUGUUUAAGUUUCCUGAAAUAACUAUGAACCAGUUUCACAUUGUGUGUUUGAGUUGUCAUAACUGGUGUUUCAUGGUUUUUCAAAACCUUUCCCAUGUAGUAGUUGCUCAAUAAAUGAAAUUUUUAAAUUAAUAUAUAUCGUGGUAAUGUGUGUUGGGAUUUUUGCUGACUUUGAACUGCAUAACCUAGUUCCCUGCGAUGGAGGAGACUUUUGGAUUUUGCCUGAAGAUGGAAGUUUUGAAACCAUAUUUCCAGGAAUGAUUGCAGAUGACCUAGGCAGCUCACUUCACCCACUGCCCUGACAAGAGGAGCCUUCCUCUAAUACAGCAGCCUUUUGUCUCCUCACUGAUGUUGAAACCAAUCUGUUUCUCACACUCUACUCUUUAGUGGGCCCUACAGGCCGGGAAGUUCCAGGCAUCACUGUUCACGUACUCAUAUGCUCAUAUGGCUUUUAUGGACUAUCCACGUGAAAAAAUUGUGAAGUAGAACCUCCACGGGGGAGGAGUGUAAGUUUCUUAGUACUCAUGGGCAAACUGACUGUUAAACCUACCUUACAAAAUGGGAAUCUUGAGCCAUUCUUCAUGGCCAGCAAACAGAAGGGCAUGCUAUUUUGUUAUUUUACAACAGCAGAGUGUAUUGUAUGUGUUUCCGGGUAUAAGUUUGUUCAGUGGUGUGGUUACUCACAAUUGGCUCAAAAGUUUAAGAAUUGUGUGCUCGUCUAGAUUCUCGUGUUCUCUGUCUCUCACCUGAACUCUGCUAACUUUUCAAUCCCCUUGCCUGUUAGCAUGAAAGAAUCUGAGAGGAUGACAGCGUAUUUGUUGAGUUACAAAAAAAUAGGUAACAGACAUGUAAAAAUGUAUAAUUCUUAAAAGAAGAUCCACUUUUUGGCAGGUGGUCUUGUCACCUCCCAUUGAGCGGGGUUGCCCGUUUGUCCAGGACUGUAGACCUCUCAUGGUCGCUGAGGGAAACAAGGAAAAGCCACUGUUCCAUCAGUGUUCCCUAGUUAUUAAUAUCUCAUCCUGCUUCAUGUUUUGUUGAAUGUGCUGGGGGGUCUUAUGGAUGGAGGUGAAAUUGCUUUUUUUCUGCAAAGAAAUGAUUGUCUGAAGCGUAAAUAGGGCUUCCUCUUGUAGAGAAUGUCUCUCCUUUCUGCUUUGUGUUCUGGCUAUUAACAUACAGAGUACUGAGAUGGGAAUUAGGCGGUGUCAAACCACCUGGCCUCAGUUGGUAAGGAGGACUUCAGUUAUCUCACACUUUUUUCAUUACUCAGUGAAUAGAUUGCACUGAUCGAGCUUGUCUCAGGGUUUGAGUUGAGGAACAGGAAUACGUUGUAACAGAGAACAGACAUCUAGUGCCCUUGGAGCUUGGUCUCUGGAGUCUUUCCCCCGAAAGACAAAACCUGCCUGUUAAACUGACUUUGUGUUUCUCUCCUGGUUAUAAGCCUUGAGGGCCUGUAAGUGUUGUAAUAGUGUGCCUUGGCUUCAGGGGUCACUUUGGACACAGAGUUGUGGAUUGAUACCUCAUUAGAGUUUUACUGCGUUUAUUACAAAUUUGACGUAAUGAUUUUGUUACAGAUAAACUCAUACCAGUCCACCUGUACAGACUCUGGAGACCAAAGUAUUGGCCCAGCAUCAGAGAAAUGUUGCCGUCCACUGUCUUCCCUCACGAUCUGCCAUUGCCUGUGAGCACUGUGUCAGCCACACCCACUUGUUCUCCCAGCAGAAGAUCUAAGGAGAGUCAAGCUAGGACCUAUUCAGAGCCACGGCUUAGGGAGCACCAGGAAGGCAGGAGUCCUUUGGAGGAUGAACCCUGCAUGGAGGGAGUUAUAUUUGAGUAAAUCAACUGGAAAAAAUCUCUUGGUUUGAGGCUGUUAAACUUCCACACUUUCCCUUUGUUUUUAGUUUCCGUCAUCCACUCACGCCUUCCGUGUCCACGGAGCCGAUCCUCCCCAUUUGUUUUCAGUAUUACCUUUGCACACUUGCAUUGUCUGCAGUGCCUUUCUGCUACGCUUUCCUAACUGCACCCUGUUUAUGACACUGUUCCUUUCAGUCCUCAGUGAAUAAUUUUUUAGCACAUUGCUUACCCUUCUGACCAUUGUCAAAAUCCUGGAACAUCCAAAUGCCUCAAAGUCUCUCUGUGGUCACAGGUGCCUUGUUCCUCAUAAAAGUUCAGUGCCAUUGUGUUUCACAUUGUGAAACUCCACUUAAAAUUAUUGGAUCAGUUUCUCAGCAGGUUGAUAAAGGAGAAACAGUGUCCAGCAAAUAUUUAAUAAUGCGAUUCAUGAAAAAUAACUCCUGUUACACUGUGUGUGGGGGGGAAUCUGUGAUUUCCAUGUCAUUGAAGAGCAGCAUAACAACCAGUGGAGGCAUGUGAGAAGGCAUGCAGAUGAGCGCCUCCAUGAAAGUAAAGAAGGGAAAGACAAGGAAAGAAAAGAUGGUAAUUGAGGCUGGAAACCUUUCAGCACGAUUCCGUAUCUUACCAUCCUGAAAAGCACCCCUACUAGAGAAAAUCCUCUGAACGCCGUCAACGUGGAAAAGCUUUCAGGAAUCCUACUUCAUUUGAACAUCACGUCAGAUCUCACACUGGAUGCCAUGCCUGUCCCAGGUGUGAUCAGAAAGAAGUGGUCCAGUCUAGGCAGCUGUGGACCUAGGACAACCACCUAACACAUCUAUAAAAUCAUGAGUAAGGAUUUCAACUGCUAACUGGCUGUGUAGACCAAAUAUUACUCAUCUGCCUCCAGACUUCCUAGUGGCCUUGGUUCCACUCCCAUCCUUCUUGCCUUCACUGGUUUCUUGGGCUGUAGAGAGAACAUUCACUUAGACUUCAAGAGGCUGGAGGCAGGAAAUGGACUCAGUGGUGUUUGAGGAUGUGGCCGUGGACUUUACCCAGGAGGAGUUUGCUUUAUUGGAUUUUGCUCAGAGGAGACUCUACAGAGACGUGAUGAUGGAAACCUUCAGGAACCUGGUCUCAGUUGUUUCUCAACAGGUUAGUAAAGGACAAAUGGUGUCCAGUGAACAUUCAGUAAAGCGAUUCAUAAAAAGUAACUCCUGGUACUGCAUUUUAGGAGACAUCUGUGAAUUCCAUGGCACUGAAGAGCAGCACAACAACCAGGGGAGUUACGUGAGAAGUCAUACAAAUGAGUGCCUCCAUGAAAGUAAAGAAGGGAAAGAAGGUAAUCAGUGUGGAAAACCUUUCAGCAAGAUUCCAUACCUUAUCAGUCUCAAAAGAAUUCCUGCUAGAGAAAAUCCUUCUGAACACCGUCAAUGUGGAAAAGCUCUCACGAAUCCUUCCUCGUUUAAACAUCAUGUCACAUCUCACGCUGGAAGCCAUGCCUGUGAGUGUAAGGAGUGUGGAGUGGCCUGCAGUUGUUCCCCUUCCCUAGACACUCAAGUGACAACUCUUACUGGACAGAAAAUUGAUAAACGUAAGGAAUGCGGCAUCACCUGUAGUUGUUCCUCAUCCCUCAUUGCACAUAUACGAAGUCAAGGUAGAGAGAGGCCUCAUGAAUGUAAGGAAUUUGGGAAAGACUUUGGUCAGUUCUCUGCUCUCAUUGAAAAUAAAAAAAUGCAAAGUGAAAAGCAUCCUUAUGAUGGUAAGGAAUAUGGAAACACCUUUAGUUCUUCCUCAUCCCUCAGUAAAUAUAUUCACAGUGGAGUGAGGCCUUAUGAAUGUAAGGAAUGUGGGAAAGCAUUUAGUAAGUCCUCAAAGCUGACUAGCCAUAUAAGGACUCACAGUGGAGAGCGGCCUCAUGAAUGUAAGGAAUGUGGGAAAGCCUUUAGUUGUGCUUCAUCCCUCACUAGACAUAUAAGAACUCACAGUGGGGAGAGGCCUUAUAAAUGUAAGGAGUGUGGGAAAGCCUGUAGCCAGUCCUCACACCUAAUCAACCAUAUAAGAACUCACAGUGGAGAGAGGCCUUAUGAAUGUAAGGAAUGUGGGAAAGCAUUUAGGUGGUCCUCACACCUCACUACACAUAUAAGAACUCACACUGGAGAGAGGCCUUACGAAUGUAAGGAAUGUGGGAAAGCCUUUAGGCGAGCCUCAAACCUAAUGAAUCACAUAAGAACUCACAGUGGAGAGCAGCCUUAUGAUUGUAAGGAAUGUGGGAAAUCUUUUUCUGAUUCUUCAAGCCUCACUACACAUUUAAGAACUCAUAGUGGAGAGAGGCCCUAUAAAUGUAAAGAAUGUGGAAAAGCCUUUCGGCAGUCCUCACACCUAAUCAACCAUAUGAGAAUUCACAGUGGAGAGAGGCCUUAUGAAUGUAAGGAAUGUGGGAAAGCCUUUAGUCAGUCCUCACACCUAAUCAACCACGUAAGAACUCACAGAGGAGAGAGGCCUUAUGAAUGUAAGGAAUGUGGGAAAGCGUUCAGCCGCUACUCAAACCUGACCAACCAUAUAAGAGCUCACAAUGGAGAGCGCCCUUAUGAAUGUAAGGAAUGUGGGAAAGCCUUUAGCCGUUUCUCAAACCUCAUCAACCACAUAAGAGCUCACAGUGGAGACCGGCCUUACACGUGUAAGGAAUGCGGGAAAGCCUUUAGCCAGUCCUCACAUCUGAUCAACCAUAUAAGAACUCACAGUGAAGAGUGGCCUUACAGAUGUAAGGAAUGUGGAAAAGCAUUUAGCCAGGCCUCAUCUCUCACUCAACAUAUAAGAACUCACAGUGGAGAGAGACCUAGGAAUGUAAGGAAUGAGGGAACAUCUUCGGUUCUCUCUCUGCCAUUGGAAAAUACGUGAGAAGGUACACUGAUGAGGAAUAAUACAGUGGAUAACACAUGACACAUCCUGUGAAUGUAAAAGAAAGGGAAACCUUCAGUGUCCAUCCUUCCUCCGGACUUAUGUGAUACUUUACACACUGGAGACACUCUGCAACUGUAAGCAAACUGCGUCUUCAGUUGUCAUGCAUGACUUUGGAGAAUAAUCAAAAUGUUACUUUGGUGCAGAAAAAAAAUUUUUUACUUUGGUUCCGUUACAGAAAACUUGUCUAUUACAAAAUCUUGGUGUCAGACUGUGAGGUUUUUUUGGUUGUUUUUUUAAAUCAACUGUUUUUAGUUUUUGUUUAUAAUUUUUUUCCACAUAAAGCAGUAUGUUCUCAUUGUAGAAAAUUUGGUUUUAAAAGAAAAUUACAAGGAAAAGCAAAAAUCACUUAAAAUUUCACCACUCUUGUUAUUUUAGGUAUUUUGUUUUAGCCUUCCUUGUAUGCGAAGCAGUGUUUUCUUAAAGAAUCUGGAUUAUACUCUGUGUUUAGUGUUGAACUUUUUUCCAUUGCUUUUCUUAAUUAUUCUCCACAACUAUAAUGAUCCCUAGUUUACUAAUGAGGAAACUGUAUGGAAAAUUUUUUCAAAAUAGUGUCCCUCUGAGAUGGUGCUGUGAGAAGUGGGAUUUUCAUUGAAGGAGGGGUCCCACUGGGGAUACAUAGAGUUGGUGGACCCGCACAGAUCCACAGCCUGACCUAAUGCAGUGGAGCAUCUGUCCAGCAGAGGCACAGAACCUGUAUUUUAAAACAGUCCUGCUUCUGGUAAUUUUGUGUUUCAAGGAGCGUGCACUAGGCCAGAGGUUGAGGCUGCAGCUGCUGAAGUGGGCUGUACUGGUGACUGCUGCUCCACCUGGGUGCACAGCUGCUGCAGGGCCUGGAGGUUUAUACAGAGCUCCUCUGCCCCACAGUGCAGUGGGAUCUUCCUCCUUGAUUUCUCGUGUAAAGGGAUGGGGAAAUGGUGACCACAGGUAGCAAAAGCCUUCAAAUAGGCCUCAUGUUGACCCAGCAGUUCUCCUUUCAGAAUCAUUUCUUGGAAAUCCUUGGGUACCAUAAUGGUGUACCUUGAUAGUUGUGCUACAUUGUAAAAAUAGGGAGGGGAAAUGGUGUCAGUGUCCAACAGGAACAGAGUUUUUAGAUAAAUGCCUGGCCACAUGUCACAGUGUUGUACUGACACUAAAUGAAUUUCUGCAGAAAAAUUUAGUCCAUAGGAGGAGAAGCAAUUGUAGCUUAAUGUGUGAUAGGCCAGAUAUAAAAUAUGUACAUAAUGAUGCAGUUUUAUUAAAAAAAUUUGUGUGUACAGACAAAUUAGCCUGUAGCGAUCUGUCCCAAAGGCAAGACUAAGUGAUUUCUGUACUCCAUUUGCUUCUGCCUAACUUGAAAAUUGUUUGCUGUCAUCCUUCAUUACUUUUACGUUUUUCUAUAUUUAAAAGUAUUAAUUUGCUUUUGGAAUGGACAGUAGUAUGUUUUCACAAAUGUAUCAAGUCAUAUAACCAGUACCACAAUGCAAAUACAAAAUAGUUCUCUUUUCCUCCACAGAAUUCCAUCAUGCUGCCACUUUUCAGUCAUGAAUCCCUGGCACCUGCCCAUGUACAUAUGUACAUAUCAUGCUCUAUGGAGUUUUUAGAUUCUGUCUCCUGUCAUUUAGUAUAAUGAAUUUGAGAUUCUUUCAUGCAGACGGAUGUAUAUAUACAUUCUGAUAGUUUAUUCCUUUUUAUUGCUGUGUAGUAUGUUGUAUAGAUAUUCCACAGUUUGUGUAUUCAUCAGGUUAAGAAUAUUUGAAUGUCCAGUUUUUCGUUCUUUGUCUUUUUAAAUAAAACUGCUAUAAGCAUCAUGCACAACGUUUUAAGUGGACGUAAAGCUUUCAUUUUUCUCAUCUAUAUCCCUAUGAGUGGGAUUGUUGUGUCAUGGUAGAUGUAUGAUUACCUUCAUAAGAAACUUCCAGCCUGUUUCUCAAAGGGGCUGUGCCGUUUUAUAUUGCACCAAAAGCCUAUAAUCCCAGUUGCUGCUAGGAUUUGGAGAGGCAGAUGUGUUUGCCUCUGGCUUUAGGGGAGGGAUUUGGAUUGGCAGCUCACCGGACAGACAUCCCUGCAUUUGUGAGGACAGCAUGUUGAUGUAUCACCUGGAUUAGUCCUCAGGUCCGAGUGUAUGGAGCUCAGGCUGUGCCACUCCUGCCCGAAGAGAAAGCUGGAGGAAACCUGCAGUGUCAGAAUGCUGUGGCUGCAGGAAUCCUCCACUGGACAAUCCACACAGAGCAAAGUAGGGACAAAGAUGCUCUCUCCAGGAGCCUGGCAGGUGAUCUCACAGGAACCAGGAAUGAAAGCCCCUUCUUCCUGCAAUGUCCUUCAUUGUCCUGCGUACACUGAUGACAGGCAAAGAGAAAAGGUCCAGCUCCAUUAUCACAGAUGAGACAAAAACGGGAUACUGCAGCAGAAGCAAUAAAUUGAUAACCAGUACUAUGGUUAAAGUGUGGCUUUUGUUGGUUUUCCGUCAGUGAUAAACCACCUCCUAGCAAUGCCAAAGCUUAGGUCUUGGUGCCCCAACCUCUUUCUCUCGCAGUAGGACCUUAGUGUCUGCCUCUGUGCCUGUUGGCCUCUCCUACCAACUCUGUCUUCUGACACCAACCUACUGAAAAUGCAGCUCUUCAGACUAACCAGCCAAAGCAAUGUCUGCUCUAACAAGUGAAAGGGCACAGCUCUAGCAUGCCAAGUGUGCCCAAGAUUGUAGACAGCAGCCAAAAUUUUGGGGCCUCCUGGGGUUACCCAGACUUGCAAUCAACUGGCUAAAAUUUGAUUGUUUCCACUACCACCUUGGGUUCAAUAAUUUGCUAGAAUGACGCAGAACCUAGGAAGUGAUCUACUUAGAGUUUUAAAAUAGUAAACGGGAUAUAAAUCAGGACCAGCAUUUAAAGCAGAGCAACACAUGCUGAGGUUUGGCAGGGUGUCAAAUGUGGAGUUCUCACAUCUCAAGCAUAGCUUGCUCCUUCCCUCCUACCAUGCAUCUAUGUCUACCACCAGCCAGGAAGUUCAGUGGAACUACAGUGUCUAGUGUGUCAUGUAGACAUGACUGAAUCAUUGGUCAUAUGUUUGAACUCAGUCUUCAGCUGAGUCCCCUUUCUGGAGUUCAGGUAUAGGUAGUGAUGAUACCACACGGUGGGUCUUUUAAGCCCCACACCUUGAAUCAUCCCUUAAGAUAUGCUAUAAAGUGUGCACUGGCGUCCUCUCUAAAGAGACAUUCCAACCCUUCAGGAAGUUAUUUGUUUAUAGUAAUUUUUCACCACACAGGACUGCUUUUAUCUUCCCCUUUAUUAAGGAGAAAGAUAUUGGUUAUUAUGCAUCAUUAAAAACCAGUUGUUAGCACACCAGCAAGGCUGGCAUUAAUCCAAAAAACACAAAAUAAUAAAUGUUGGAGAGGCUGCGGAGAGAUUGGGACUCUCAUACACUGCUGGUGGGAAUGUAAAAUGGUACAACCACUUUGGAAAUCUAUCUGGCAUUAUCUUAAACAGUUAGAAAUAGAACUACCAUACAACCCAGAAAUCCCACUCCU